AAACCGACCCCAGUCCUGCGGGUCCGAGGCUCCGAGACGCGCUUUUCAAGCUGCGAGUCAUGUGACUCGGCUGCCCGGCUGCGCCGCUGUCCGCUCACCUUAAUGCAUGUCUGAUCAUUUCAAAGGCAGUCCCCAGCGUUCACACAUCAUGUAUACCAGUGACUGAUAUACAGUACCAGGCUUUCCCUUUAUAUUAAGGACUGUAGGUUCUGCUCCGUUUUCAGUCCAAGGCAGCAGCGUGAUUGCAGCAGCGGAUGGGAACGCCGGGCUGCGGUCCGCCGCUGAUGGGAAAGUACAUAUGUGUUUGUGGGUCUGGCGCUGAGAAAAUGUGAGGAGCCGCAAGCUUUUCUCCCUCGGCGGGUUUACGGAGCAAAAUGCAGAAAGGAAUGCGAAUCAAUGAUGGGCACAUCACUUAUCUGGGUCUUCUGGCAAAGAAGGAUGGCACCCGACGCGGCUGCUUGAGCAAAAAGAGCUCGGAUAACACGAAAUGGCACACGAAGUGGUUUGCGCUACUGCAGAACAUGCUGUUUUAUUUCGAGAACGAUUCGAGCUCCCGGCCAUCAGGAUUAUACCUGUUGGAAGGAUGCGUGUGCGACAGGGCACCGUCCCCAAAACCCCCUCUCUCAGGCAAGGAGUGUUUAGAGAAGCAGUAUUAUUUCACCGUCAGCUUUAACCACGACAACCAGAAAGCACUGGAACUAAGGACUGAGGAUGUGAAGGACUGUGACGAAUGGGUGGCAGCAAUAUCGCACGCCAGUUACAGGAACCUGGCCACUGAGCAUGAGACCCUCAUGCAGAAGUACCUCCAUCUACUCCAGAUUGUGGAGACAGAGAAAACGGUUGCUAAGCAACUCCGACAACAGAUAGAGGAUGGGGAGAUAGAGAUCGAGCGCCUAAAAUCGGAGAUAGCAGGCCUGCUGAAAGACAAUGGGAAGAUUCAGUCUGCCCCAGCGGUAGCCCCGAGUGAUGAGGACAGUGAGAUCAAGAAGAUCAAAAAAGUGCAGAGCUUCCUGCGCGGCUGGUUGUGCCGGCGGAAGUGGAAGACCAUCAUCCAGGACUACAUCCGCUCGCCGCAUGCGGAGAGCAUGCGCAAACGCAACCAGGUGGUGUUUAGCAUGCUGGAGGCCGAGGCCGAGUACGUGCAGCAGCUGCACAUCCUGGUCAACACGUUCCUGCGGCCCCUGCGCAUGGCCGCCAGCUCCAAGAAGCCGCCCAUCACCCACGACGACGUCAGCAGCAUCUUCCUCAACAGUGAAACUAUCAUGUUCCUGCACCAGAUCUUCUAUCAGGGCCUGAAAGCCAGGAUAGCGAGCUGGCCAACACUGGUGCUGGCUGACCUCUUCGACAUCCUCCUGCCCAUGCUGAACAUCUACCAGGAGUUUGUGAGGAACCAUCAGUACAGCCUGCAGAUUCUGGCUCACUGCAAGCAGAACCGGGACUUUGACAAGCUGCUGAAGCAGUACGAGGCCAAGCCGGACUGUGAGGAGCGCACGCUGGAGACCUUCCUCACCUACCCCAUGUUCCAGAUCCCUCGCUACAUCCUGACCCUCCACGAAUUGCUAGCCCACACGCCACAUGAACACAUAGAGAGGAACAGCCUGGACUACGCCAAGUCAAAGCUGGAGGAGCUUUCCAGAAUUAUGCAUGACGAGGUCAGCGAGACGGAGAACAUCCGAAAGAACCUGGCCAUCGAGCGCAUGAUUGUAGAAGGGUGCGAGAUUCUCCUGGACACCAGCCAGACGUUCGUCAGGCAGGGGUCCCUCAUUCAGAUCCCGAUGACGGAGAAGGGGAAGAUCACCCGAGGGCGGCUGGGCUCGCUAACGCUCCGGAGGGAGGGCGAGAAGCAGUGUUUCCUCUUCUCAAAGCACCUGAUCAUCUGCACCAGGGGCUCUGGCGGGAAGCUGCACCUGACCAAGAAUGGCGUGCUGUCUCUCAUCGACUGCACGCUGAUGGAGGAUGCUGAAGGAACGGAUGAUGAAGCAAAACCUGAGAAGACCGGACAGGACACGGAGCACCUGGAUUUCAAAAUCGUGGUGGAGCCCAAAGAUAGUCAGGCCUUCACGGUCAUCCUGGUGGCUUCCUCACGCCUGGAGAAAUCUGCCUGGACCAGUGACAUCAGUCAGUGCAUAGAUAACAUCCGGUGCAAUGGCCUCAUGAUGAAUGCCUUCGAGGAAAACUCAAAGGUCACGGUGCCUCAGAUGAUCAAGUCGGACACCAGCCUGUACUGUGAUGACGUGGACAUCCGCUUCAGCAAGAUGAUGAACUCUUGCAAAGUGCUGCAGAUCCGCUACGCCAGCGUGGAGCGGCUGCUGGAGCGGCUGACGGACCUGCGUUUCCUCUCCAUCGACUUCCUCAACACCUUCCUGCACUCCUACCGCGUCUUCACCACCGCCGAUGUGGUGCUGGACAAGCUCAUCGCCAUCUACAAGAAGCCUAUCAGUGCCAUCCCAGCUAGAUCCCUGGAGCUUUUCUUCGCCAGCAGUCAGAAUAACAAGCUCCUGUACGGGGAGCCGCCCAAAUCCCCAAGGGCCAGCCGGAAAUUCUCCUCUCCGCCGCCCCUCUCCAUCGGCAAGACCUCGUCUCCAAACCGCCACCGCAAGCUCUCGCUCAACAUCCCCAUCAUUACGGGCGGCAAGGCCCUGGACCUGGCCGCCCUCAGCUGCUCCACCAACGGCUACGCCAGCAUGUACUCCUCCGUCUCCCCGUUCAGCAAGACCACGCUGGACAUCAGCAAGCUGUAUGUCUCCAGCGCCAUGUCAGGCAAAAUGGCAGACGAGCCCGAGCCCAGGGCCGACAGAGGUGAAGAGCCACCUCUCUAUAAGCCAGACACCGCCGUGCGGGAGGAGAGCGACGACGGCAAGGUCCAGAGCGACGACGCCGAAACCGAGACGUCGCCUAACAAGUCCCCCACGACUCCCAAAACCACGAGAUGCAAAAAUGCCUCAGAUUUCUCUCUGUUUUCCUACAACAACGGGCUGGUGAUGUCGCCCUGCCGUGAGCUGGACGCCACGCGCAGCGCCCUGUCCGCUGCCUCGGCCUUCGCCAUUGCCACCGCGGGCGCCAACGAGGGCACGCCCACCAAGGAGAAGUACCGCCGCAUGUCGCUGGCCAGCACGGGGUUCCCCACUGACCAGAGGAAUGGUGACAAGGAGUUUGUCAUCCGUAGGGCAGCGACCAACAGGGUUCUGAAUGUUCUGAGGCACUGGGUAUCCAAACACUCACAGGAUUUUGAGGACAGCAACGAACUGAAACUGAAGGUGAUCGGUUUCCUGGAGGAAGUCAUGCAUGAUCCCGAGCUGCUGACCCAGGAGAGGAAGGCUGCAGCCAACAUCAUCAGAACCCUGACCCAGGAGGAUCCGGGAGAUAACCAGGUGACUAUUGAGGAGAUGAGACAACAGGCCGCUGAGGUGAAGGCCGAGCCGUUCGAGAACCACUCUGCCCUGGAGAUCGCAGAGCAGCUCACCAUGAUGGACCACCUGGUCUUCAAGGUCAUCCCUUAUGAGGAAUUUUUUGGCCAAGGGUGGAUGAAGAAUGACAAGAAUGAGAAAACACCAUACAUAAUGAGGACGACCAAGCACUUCAAUGACAUGAGCAAUCUGAUCGCCACGGAGAUCCUGCGCUGUGAUGACAUCACCACGCGGGUGGCGGUGAUGGAGAAGUGGGUGGCGGUGGCCGACAUCUGCCGCUGCCUGCAUAACUACAACGCCGUGCUGGAGAUCACCUCGUCCCUCAACCGCAGCGCCAUCUUCCGCCUGAAGAAGACCUGGCUGAAGGUGUCCAAGCAGACAAAGGCAGUGAUUGACAAGCUGCAGAAGCUGGUCUCCUCUGAGGGCAGGUUUAAAAACCUAAGAGAGGCUUUGAAGAACUGUGACCCCCCUUGCGUGCCCUACUUGGGGAUGUACCUCACCGAUUUGGCCUUCAUCGAGGAAGGCACCCCAAACUACACUGAGGACAACCUGGUCAACUUCUCCAAAAUGAGGAUGAUUUCCCAUAUCAUCAGAGAAAUUCGGCAGUUCCAGCAGACAGCCUACAAGAUUGAGUACCAGCCAAAGACAGCACAUUACCUGCUUGACCUCAGCUUGCUCCUGGACGAAGAAGAACUGUAUGAAGCAUCCCUCAGAAUCGAGCCUAAAGUGCCUUCCUGAAGCAGAUUGCCUGGCACUGGGGGCUCCAGUUUGUACAUAAAAUCUCUGUCUGACUCCAUGUUGGACGUACCUUUCUCUAUGUGUUCCUGAAAGGACUUGCGUGUCCUUGGUCAUUAGAUAUCUAAUACGCCUUCAUAUGUAUACAGAUGGAUGCUUUAUUAUCCACGUUUUUGUCUCUGAAUAACCAAGUCAUUUUCAAAUGAUACAGAAAAACACAGGACGCCUAUGAGAAUUCCUACUGAAGUCCUACCCUAUUAAUGAAAAGUUAGCACGCCGAUUGGUGUAUUUUGGUAUUUACCUACCCAACUGUUAACUGCUUAAUUUUCAUUUCUCCUCCUGAUUCUGAAUUCUUUACACAGUGAAAUCAUGCACUUCAAAAUCAGGAUGAGUAAUAGUAUGAUAAUUCUUACGAUAAUUCUUAAAGAGCUGAGCGCAUUUAUUCAGAUAAUGAUUAUGUGUAAUCGCUGAGUGAUUAUGUGUAAUCGCUGGUGAACUCCACCCUAAUCCAAGUGCCCGUCCGUGAAUCUUUGCUUAUUUCCAUGUCUAUAAAAUCCUUUUUUUUUUUUUUUUUUUUUUAAAAAAGGGCUGGUCAGCUGGGAUUGCCCCCCUUUGGUGAGUGGAAGUGUACCAUGUAACAUAUGAACAUACAAGAUUUUUAAAACAGAGCAAUUACUUCCUCCAGCAAAAAAAAAAAAUAAAAAUUAGAAUUGAUCAGACUGAAAUAUAGGCUACAUUAAGUGGUAUUAGAUUAGGUGUCUGCUCUUUGUUCCAGGUUAUAAAAAUAUUAAACAUUUGGUCAUGUGGUAAUGGGCUAUCAAUGGGCUUCAGUGAUACUUACAUCUGUACAGCAGUAAUCUGUCCACAACGUAUAUCUGACCUCUUGCUACGUUUACCUGCAGAACGGGGGCUGUCUCAGAUCACUAUGUAACAGCACAGAUGUUUUAAUGCUAAAGCACUUGAAGAUGCAGUAUAUCUUCAUGUGGCAAUAAAGUGCCAUCAGAAAAGACCGUUUCAGGGUGGCUCAGUUACUCAGAGUAAUAGGGAGGUGUGUUUACUCAGAUUACUGUAGUGUCGCCUGCUUAUUGCAAAACCUUCAUUUCUCUUUGCUCUGAGUUGGAUUUGACAGGUAAUCAUGGGUCAAGAUAAACCAUCAUCUCCCUAUUGAUGGAAUCCAGGCUGCUUCUUACCUUUCGUUCUAGUUAAAGAUUAUUAUUGGAAACCUGCUUUGCACCCACAGCGUUCUGAAGGUAUUUUCCUGGAAGUGACUUUUUGAAGGUUAAAUGAAUACUGCACCUUUUAGCGACUGUGGGAUCUCACAUAUUUUGUACAAACUUCUGCCUGAAGGAAACGUACGCUGUAUAUUUUGUACAAACAUGCAGCUUUAUAUAUUCCUGAAUGUGAUGCAAUGUUAGGCUUUGUGUUCUAAGAAGCUGACCAGUCAGGCGCGCUGAAGAACACAACACUCAGAUCGACCGUGUUCAAAGAGAAGGUGACUUUAAAGUGUGUUGCAUAUACUGUAAUCCUGUCUAUAAUUUAUCUGGUAGCAGGGGUAUAGUAAUUUAGUGCUUACUCUGUCAAUAUUUUUAUGUAUUUUUACAAUGUACAGUAUAGAAACACAUCCAGUGAUUAAACAGAAGGCAUGUUUCACUCAUUCAGUCAAACACAGACAAACAUACUCACACACACAGGUGCACACGCUUAGACAAAAUAUAUGAAAAAUAAAACUGACGUUUUGCUGUGAGCAAUACCCUGUGGUAUGAGAAUGAUCUUUAGUCCGUUAGCUUAUUUACACAGCUAGAAGCGUUUCCAGUUUUGUAUAAAAUGUGUUUCCUGAUUACCUCUUAUUAAUAAAUAUAUUAUAUCUCA